AUGCAGCCUCCCAUUGUGACUUUUCGAUUCAAAGUAAAAAAGGUCUUCGACGUUAUUCGCGAAAUGCUCAUGAUCCGCAUGCUCGUCGUGGCGAUGGCGCCGCUUGCUUUGGCUGGCAAGGUCCAGUGGGCUGGUGCCAACCUGUUCGGACUUGCCAAUGAUGUCAGCAUCUUUGGCUCCGCGUACACUUCAUUUGUGAGCAGCAAAUGCGAACCAACUUUUGACAGCUACCCUUUCUUUGAUGACUUGUCUCAUUACGAGUCAUGGAAGAAGGAAGGCUUCAACCUAUUUCGCAUUGCGAUUGCUUGGCAGCAUGCCCAAAUUAAUCUCGGCGGUGCUCUCAACGAAACCAAUAUGCAGCACGUUGAUAAGCUCGUUGGGGCUAUCACUAGUGACGGCGGCAAGGCUAUCCUGGACAUUCACAAUUAUGCCAGAUGGUACUGUGGUAUAAUUGGGCAGCCCGGAAAUUCCUUCCAGAACCCUACGAUCAACGUCACGAAUGCGCACUUUACCGAUCUUUGGGUGAAGCUUGCAACAAGAUACCAGUCAAACCCGCACGUCAUAUUCCAGUUGAUGAACGAACCCCAUGAUCUUGAUAUCCUACAAUGGGGAGAGACAAACCAAGAAGCAAUCCUCGGCAUUCGAAAUGUAGCGCCUAACAACACCAUUCUAGUGUCUGGCACGCAGUUUGCGCGCCUCACUGACUGGAAAGCAUUUUCUAUGACUGGAAUUGGUCCUGGUCUCUUGAAUGAUCCUGCUGAAAAGCUCAUCUUUGAUUUCCACCAGUACUUUGACGGCAUCGGCGGUGCCUACGGGCUCUGCGAGCCUUGGAGUGGCUACUAUGAGGAUUUUCAGCAGGUCACCAACAUCCUGCGCAGGGCGGGAGCGCAGGGCAUGUUGACCGAAUUUGGAGGAGGUCCUUUCCAGCAGUGCGAGCAGACGUUGAGACACAUGCUCGCAUUUCUGGACCGCAACAGCGACGUCUGGCAUGGAUGGACCGCAUGGGGAAGCUUCAACAAGGGGUCCGACUUGUAUUUGAGUUUGGACAGGAAUUCGACAUUUUAUAAGAUGACUUCUGUCAUCAAACAAUUCGCGCCUCGCAGCAGCUCGCGAGAUCGCCGCUAG